AUGGCAAUCGUGUCGCUCCUCUUGGGCUUGCCCCCUUGGUGCUAUCUCCUUAUUGCUCUAUGCGUUGUCCUGUAUAUCAGACUUAAAAAAACCUUUGAGGUCGAUAACAAUUCCGGAAAGGCAUUUGGCCCAGAGUCCAAUGUCCCGGUUUCCGUCAACUACUUCCCCUCUCGAAAAUGCAACUACUCCUGCGGCUUUUGCUUUCAUACUGAUACCUCUUCGUACGUCCUCCCCAUCGACGAGGCGAAGCGUGGUUUACGGUUGUUGAAAGAAGCCGGUAUGCGAAAGCUCAACAUCGCCGGUGGAGAGCCGUUCCUUUACCCCCGCCUUCUUACUGAAUUGCUUCAAUAUGGAAAAGAAGAACUUUCUCUCGAAAGCAUCAGCAUCGUGAGCAACGGUAGCAAGAUUACAGAGUCAUGGAUGGAAAAGAAUUGUCAAUGGCUGGAUAUUCUUGCCGUGUCCUGCGACUCAUUCAAUCCAGAGACAAAUCGCAAGAUUGGACGAGGUGAUGACGGAGGGAACGUCCUUCGCCUUUUCCGCAUCGCCAACUGGUGCAAGAAAUACGGCAUCAAAUUCAAGCUAAACACUGUUGUCAAUGUACACAACUGGGAUGAAGACAUGGCAGCCGACAUCGAAAGGCUGGCACCUUUUCGUUGGAAGGUAUUCCAGUGUCUUAUUGUCGCUGGCGAGAAUGAAGACGCAACUCGACUACGCGAUGCAAGAGACUUUCUCGUCACCGAUGAACAAUGGAAGACAUUUUGCGACCGACACAAGCAUCUACCCUGCUAUGUUCCCGAAGACAAUACGUCCAUGGCAAGUAGCUAUUUGCUGUUGGAUGAGUACAUGUGUUUCUUGGACAAGGGUGAGGGCAUGAUCACCAAGAGUGAAUCCAUUUUGAAGGUUGGGGUCCGGAAAGCAAUGGACCAAGUUGUCUGGGAUAAGGCGUCUUUUGUUGACCGUGGUGGUGUCUACGAUUGGGGCAGAUCGGAUACUCAAGAGAUUAAUAAUUGCGGCGGCGGUGGAGGCGGGGAUAAGAGAUUGGACUGGUAA